AUGGGUUCCCCUGGAGGAAUGGCUCUUGAUAGAGCUUGGGCCGCUCUAACUCGAAGGAACGUGGACGAGGACUCGCCGGUAAAUGAGUUUGUUAAACUCAUCUCUAGUCCAUUUCAAUCAGCUUUCCAAAUCAACGCUGUCUGGCUUUCCUUCGGUACUUCCAUCGGUUUCGCCGUCUUCCUCACCCUUCUCUUCUCCCUCGUUCGUCCUCAUCACACGGUUGUCUAUGCACCCAAGGUCAAACAUGCGGAUCGCAGGCAUGCGCCUCCGCCUGCCGGCAAGGGUAUUUUCUCUUGGGUUAAACCCGUCCUGCGCGCCAAGGAGAGCGAGCUCGUCGAUUCCAUCGGCCUCGAUGCGAUCGUCUUCUUGCGAUUUACAAAAAUGUGUCGGAAUAUGUUUCUUGUCAUGAGCAUCGUCGGCUGCGCCGUUAUGAUCCCAAUCAAUAUUAUCCUAAGCCGCUCAAAUAGCUAUACCAAGGGCCUGUCGGUAUUCGCGACAAUGACACCUCAAUACGUCUCGACCAACGGGAUUUGGAGCCAGGUGAUCUGUGCUUGGAUCUUUGAUAUAAUCGUUGCUUUCUUUCUGUGGUGGAAUUACAAGGCGGUCCUCGCGCUACGGAGAAGGUAUUUCCAAAGCUCUGACUACCAGCGUAGUUUACAUGCCAGGACAUUAAUGAUCACCGAUAUUCCGCCAACGGCGCGGUCCGAUGAAGGCCUCAUGCUCCUCACGGACAAGGUCAAUCCCACGGCUGCCAUCCCGCGAACUGCUAUAGGUCGCAAUGUCAAGGGCCUCCCCCGUUUGAUUAAGGAACAUGAGGAAGCUGUGCGGCGUCUCGAGUCAGUCCUCGCCAAGUAUUUGAAGCGGCCGGAUCGAUUGCCUGCGAAGCGGCCCACAAUACGCCCUCCUCGAAAAGAAGGUACUCGGGGCAGGGUGGACGCUAUCGACUACUUAACCACCCGGAUUAGGCUGUUAGAGGAUGAGAUCAGCCAUGUGCGAGCAUCCAUUGACAAGCGGAACGUCAUGCCAUUCGGAUUCGCGAGUUGGGAAAUGAUAGAGCAUGCCCACGCUGUGGCGUAUAUGUCUCGAAACACGCACCCUCAGGGGACGACUAUUCGUCUUGCCCCUCGGCCGAGCGACAUCAUCUGGGAAAACUUACCCUUGUCAAAAGCGACUCGAGGAUGGAAGCGAUUUAUAAAUGUCAUCUGGGUGAUCGCACUGACGAUAGUGUGGGUUGCGCCUAACGCUCUAAUUGCCGUAUUUCUAUCUAAUCUCAACAAUUUGGGUCUUGUUUGGCCGGCUUUCUCGACAUCCCUCGAGGCACAUCCCAAGCUGUGGGCUGCAGUUCAGGGUAUUGCCUCUCCUGCGCUGACGUCUCUGGUAUACCUGAUAUUGCCGAUCAUCUUCCGCCGGCUUGCCAUCCACGCGGGCAAUGUGACCAAGACUGCACGCGAGAACAGAGUUCUUAGCCAUCUAUAUUCCUUUUUCGUUUUCAACAAUCUCAUCGUUUUCUCCCUAUUUUCGGCCGCCUGGACAUUUGUCACUGCUGUGAUUGAUGCUAGAAAGCACAACAAGGGUGCCUGGGAAGCUGUCAAGGAAGGCCACUUAUUUGCAACAGCGUUCAAAUCUCUUUGCCAAGUGUCUCCGUUCUUUGUAGUAUGGCUGUUGCAACGGAGUCUUGGAGCUACCAUUGACCUGGUACAGCUGGUCAAUCUCACCUGGGUUUGGUUUUCCAAGACCUUCCUCGCACCGACUCCCCGACAGGCCAUUGAGUGGACCGCUCCGCCGCCCUUUGACUAUGCAAGCUAUUGCAACUACUUUCUCUAUUAUGCCACGGUGGCUCUGUGCUUUGCAACGCUGCAGCCGAUCGUCCUGCCCGUAACCGCAUUCUACUUUGGGUUGGAUGCGGUUCUCAAGAAAUACCUUUUGAUGUACGUGUUCGUGACAAAGAACGAAUCGGGUGGCCGUUUCUGGCGCCUCCUAUUCAACCGGAUGAUAUUCGCAACUAUUCUGGCCAAUUUCAUAGUGGCCCUUGCUGCCAGGGCCAAUGGUACAUGGACCAUGGUAUAUUCCAUGGUGCCCCUGCCAUUUUUGAUGCUUGGCUUCAAGCUCUACUGCAUGAGGACUUUUGACCACGACAUUGAUUAUUACAACCGGAAUAUAUUGACUGAUACCGAAGCACUAGCUGCCGUUAAACUGGCGAGAAAGGCAUCGGAAGGGUUGAGCACCAAAUUCGGUCACCCAGCCUUGUACAAGCCUUUGAUUACGCCUAUGGUGCAUGCGAGGGCCGUAGACGCGCUGAAGAGUAUUUAUCAGGGCCGACUAGAUCCCACAGACCACACCGGGGAGUACUCGGACAUUGUGAUGGACCGCAUGGCAACAGGUCAGCCAGGGAAGUCUAUGUAUUCGACGACCGACCUUGGGCCGUUUGAAUUCGUCCCUGAGAAUCAUCUUGACUUUUCGUAUUUCAAGGAUCGUCCCGACUUCCGCGACGAGUUUGGUGGUGGCAUAUACGGUCGCCCAGAAGAUCUAAUCUCGGAGCGAUCUCAGACGCCACGUACGUUCAAGACCGCCGGCGAUUCACGGUCCUCAUCGCCAGCACCCUCAUUCCGAUCUGGUUCUGGAAUCAGAAUGCACGACGGCUUCGACCUGGCCGACAUGCGGACAAGAGAUCAGGAAUACACAGCAUUCUCUUCUCCUCUGGCUCGGUAUGACAGCGGGUCUGUCCCAACCAGCGGAGGUCUAUACUAUCAGUCCAAUGAAAGUGAGACUGAACUUCUGAGCCAUGCCCAACCGCCUUCGCAUAGCGCUGCGCCUUUGGGACGAUGGCGGACGGGUGGGUAUGGACGAGUUCAGCAAGAUGACUCUAGCUUUGUCCCUGAUUACACGUAUCAUAUGCGAUGA